AUGACUAUAGCUGAGUAUGCUGACAAAUUUGACUCCCUAGCCAAACAUUUCCGCUAUUUCUGUGACAAUGUGGAUGAGAAUUAUAAGUGUGAGAGAUUUGAACAGGGACUCAGAUAUGAAAUUAAGGAGUCCGUGGAGCCCUUGGAGAUUCGUCAGUUCCAAGCUCUAAUGGAGAAAUGUAAGAAGGUGGAACGAAUGAAACAAGGACGUAUGCAUAGAGGGGUUGCUGGAGGACUGGACAUUAAUAUCACAAUAAUAGAGGAAAGCAGCAACAACCAUACACCCGACCCCAAAGGAAUGGUAGGGACCAACCUCGAGGACAUUUCAAGGGAUGUCAGAAGCUGCAAAAUUCAGGUACUAUUCGGUGCUACCAUUGCAAUGAGUACUCAGUGCCCAGAAAGAGCAAGACUUUGUUAUCUCUGUCAGCAACCAGAACACUUUGCUAAGGAUUGUAGAGCACUAAGAAGAGAUCAUAUACCAUCCACCAAUAACAAUAAUGACAUCCCCUGCCCUACUGCUAAGGGACGUGUCUAUCACAUUGGAGGAGAAGAAGCAUCAAAUGCCUCAGGAUUAGUCCAAGUCACCAUACCGUCUGCUGAACCUGUAAUCUUGAAUGAAGCUUGUUUACAAUGUCCCUUGAAUAUCUUGGGCAUGAAAUUUAAAGUCGACUUGAUUUGCAUUCCUCUCAAACAUCUGGGAGUGAUCCUUGGGAUGGACUGGUUAUCUAGUCAUCACGUUCUUUUGGAUUGUGCUCGAAACAUGAGACCAGAAGUAGAAAUUUCUGAGAUCCCAGUGGUAGGAGAUUUCCCGGAAGUUUUCCCAUCAGACGUGCCAGGGUUACCUCCAGUACGUGACAUUGAAUUUUCUAUUGAUGUGGUUCUAGGAACCCGACUUAUUCAUAUUUCCCCAUACAGAAUGGCUCCAUCUGAGAUGUCAGAGCUGAAAAAAAAUCAAUUAGAGGACCUAUUGUCAAAGAAGUUUAUCCGACCAAGUGUCUCACCAUGGGGAGCUCUUGUACUAUUGGUGAAGAAGAAGGAUGGAAAGUAG